GAAAGCGUAUUGCGAAACGCACGCUAAGAGCGCAUCUUGGGACCGAAAGCUCUGGGUUCCUCUACACUUUCUGCGCAGGUUCCUUUCGGGAAUAUAAUGCAGCCGCUAACGAAUGGCGGCUGUCUGUCUGCGGUUCGCCUGGUUUCGUAACUUCAACUCGGGAAUAUCCGCGCUCAGGGGCACCCGGACCUCUACUUCUGCCACCGGUAUGGACAGUAUGGGGUCAGCGGCCAGCCGCUCGCCCCUGGAGCGGCUGCAGUUUGACAACGUGGCGCUGAGGAGGCUGGCGCUGGACCCCUCUCAGGAGCCGGGCAGCAGGACGGUGCGAGGGGCUUGUUUCUCCCGAGUGCAGCCGCAGCCGCUGCUCAGACCCCGGUUUGUGGCCGUGUCCGGGCCGGCGCUGUCCCUGCUGGGGCUGGACGCGGAGGAGGUCCUGCGGGACCCGCUGGGCCCGGAGUACCUGAGCGGCUCCCGGGUCAUGCCCGGCUCCGAGCCCGCGGCUCACUGCUACUGCGGCCACCAGUUCGGCCACUUCGCCGGGCAGCUGGGCGAUGGGGCGGCUUGUUACCUGGGUGAGGUGCGAGCCCCACCCGGGCAGAGCGAGGAGCUACUGCGGGAGAACCCGUCCGGCCGCUGGGAGAUCCAGGUGAAGGGCGCUGGGCUCACCCCCUACUCCAGGUUUGGCUCGUUCGAGAUCUUCAAGCCGCAGGACGAGCUGACGGGGCGCCAGGGCCCCAGCGUGGGCCGCGAUGACAUCAGAGCCCAGUUGCUGGAUUACGUCAUCGACACCUUCUACCCCGACGUCCAGCAGAGCCGGGGGGCAGACCGGGUGGAGAGGAACGCCGCCUUCUUCAGGGAGGUGACCGUGCGGACAGCCAGACUGGUGUCCCAGUGGCAGUGUGUGGGCUUCUGUCAUGGCGUCCUGAACACCGAUAACAUGAGCGUUCUCGGCCUGACGCUGGACUACGGCCCCUUCGGUUUCAUGGACAGGUUUGAUCCUGACUUUGUGUGCAACGCCUCCGACACCGGGGGGCGCUACUCGUACAGCGCCCAGCCGUCGGUGUGCCGCUGGAACCUGGAGCGGCUGGCAGAGGCAAUGGGCCCCGAGCUGCCGGCGCACCGGGCCGAGGCCAUCGUGGCGGAGUUCGUGCCCCAGUACAACGCCUUCUACCUGGACAACAUGAGGAGGAAACUGGGGCUGCUGAGGAGAGAGACGCCGGAGGACGAGGAGCUGGUCACGCUGCUGCUGCAGACCAUGCACAACACAGGCGCCGACUUCACCAACACCUUCCGUAGCCUGAGCCAGGUGCCCAGCCCAGGCGUGCCGGACAGCGAGGGCGCUGGGGACCCCGUGAGCCGCAGUGUGGAGCUGCUCCUGGCACAGUGCGCCUCUCUGGAGGAGCUGCGGGCCGCUCACCGCCCCACCAUGGACCCCCGGUGAGGGGGGGGGGGGCUGGGUUUUGUUGGUGUGGGCUGGGGUGAGUUCAGAAAGAGUGACCGGUGUAGAGGGUGCAAGAAGCCGCAGCGCAGUUCAGUGAAGGUUUGAAAUGAGCUUUGAUUUGUUCCGAAAAAGGCCAUUUUAAGGAGAAGGUCCAAGGAGACACGCCUAAAGUGCAUCCACCUUGCGGAGCUCUCGAGGAGCUCUAAGAAAACGAUAAACCACUGGCACUUAAAGAGCGCUAACAUGGAUUUAGAAAGAGAAAAUCUUUUUUUACCUGUGUCUUUGAAGCAACAGCUAUAGUUGAUAACACUAAAGCAUAUGCCGUGAUCUGCAUUUCCAGAGACUUUAACAAUGUCCCUCCAAAAAAAAAAAAAGGUCAUUAAAAACAUUUUGAUUCGUGAUUUAAUUCAAAUCCAGUAUUAUCGGGAAGCUUUUAUAGUCUGAGUGCAGUCCCAGCCUCUCUGCUGUCGCCAUGAAUGUGUGUUUAGAAGUGGUCACUGCAUGUACACUAGACCUUUAUAAUGGCACAAUGACUGCUUUUGUCAAGGCAAUCCCUGCCUUUGAGGUAUUCUUGAAAUGUCUCAAACAACAGAUAUCGGUCUCUCUGCAAAGAGCAAAUUGAAUGCAGGAGAGGAGCAAGUCAGGGGGAUAUAUGAGAAGCCUACAGAUUAAGAUUGGAGAUAUAUAGUUGGGGUAAAUUGAGUACUGAGGGCUUGGUAAUAAUAAUUAAUAAUAAUAAU